ACCCAACAUUUCUACACUCUUGUACUUCCAGAGUUCACGAAAUGUUCACAUUUCCAGAAAUUUCCACCACUUCCCUUUAAAUAUCCCACUUCCACGCCCUAUUCUGUAAUCCUGAUUCAAUUCAAUAUCCAAUAGCAGGAAAAGGGUAACAGAACAAUCAUGUCUUCCUCAUCAUUUUCAAAUCUCAGCGUCUCCUUUCCCUUUCCACCAGAGAGAACCAUUGGUUCUAAGCUGCCCUCUAUUGGGUCUCCUUCUCUGCUUAGACUUACGGGUGGAAGACGUGGGAAGAGUGUCAUGAUAGCAGCAGAAGGAAGAGACAACCUCGAUCACUUGCAGAGACAAACCAAGCAACAAAGUCCACAACUACCACAACAACAGCCAAAGAGGAGAGUCGCCCCAGUAGCACCCAUCGGGCUAUGGGAUCGAUUUCCAACAGCAAGGACUGUGCAACAAAUGAUGGAGACAAUGGAGAGGGUGAUGGACGAUCCAUUUGCUUACAGCACCACCUGGCCAUCCCCGAGCUUGAAGGAAGAAGGGGGUUACAGAGGAGGGAGAACACCAUGGGACAUCAAAGAAGGAGAGAACGACUACAAGAUGAGAUUCGACAUGCCUGGGAUGACCAGAAACGAUGUCAAGGUGUGGGUUGAGGACAAGAUGUUGGUGGUCAAGGCAGAGAAGGUCUCUAAGAAGAAGAAAGAAUCUGAAGGAGAAGCGGAAUUGAUGAAUCAAGAAGGAGAAGAGUGGUCGGCGAAGAGCUAUGGGAGAUAUAACAGUCGGAUUGCGUUGCCGGAGAAUAUCGAAUUCGAGAAGAUAAAGGCAGAGGUUAGAGAUGGUGUGCUCUACAUUGACAUUCCAAAGGCUUCUUCUUCCAACAAAGUUUUGGAUAUCAAUGUUCAAUGAGACACUCCACCUGUUAUUUGAGUUUUUGUUCCUUCACCUGUAAUUUGAGUUUUUGAUCCUGAAAUCUAAUCGUCAGAAUUGAAAGUUCCAUUUCCAUUAA